GUCAUUCACUCUACAACUCCCGUCUAGACAACACUCUCGCAGCAUGGUUGGAAAAGAUCUACUGACUGGAAAUGUCACCUUCAAAGCUACAAAUCCUUGCGAUUUGAGUUGUUGCACUAAAGAACAAAUAAAAUCGUAUUUUGAAAAUGCAUACGAUCUAAACGAGUCCCUUUUCCUCGGUUUAAAAGAUUCAAAAGUGUUUUAUAUGUGUCCCGAUCGUUUGAGAUUACCCUUAAUAUUCUAUUAUGGCCAUACAGCUUGUGUAUACAUUAAUAAGCUUGUCCUGGCUGACUUAGUUCAAGUUGAAGAAAGAGUUAAUUUUGAAUUCGAAAAAUUGUUCGAAACGGGAGUAGAUGAACAUUCAUGGGAUGAUACACAUAGACCAAAUAUUGUAUAUUCGGUUGCUUCGCAACUUUAUACAACAACAAUUAAACUAAGAGGAAACUAUCUACAGGAACAUUUUCGAAUGGGAAACAGCUUUCGAUGGCCCGAAUUGAAAGAUGUCGUUGAAUAUCGUAAAAAUGUUCGAGACUUAGUUCUUAAAGUUAUUGAGAGGACUCCUUUACAACUUCCUAUUACAAAAGAGAGUCCCUGGUGGGGAGUUGUUUUAGGAAUAGAGCAUGAAAGAAUACAUAUUGAAACUUCUUCUGUCCUAAUACGACAACUACCUAUCGAUCUAGUUUCCCGACCAAACGGAUGGGUCUAUGCACCACUGAAGAGUGAAUCUCCACCUGGUGAAAAUCACAUGAUAAAAAUCAGCGAGGUCUCUACAAGAGAAUUGGGUAAAUCCACCGAUUUUCCAUCUUUUGGUUGGGACAACGAAUAUGGCAAAAUUAAAUUGGAAGUUGAUCCUUUUGCCGCCAGUCAAUACUUGAUCAGUAAUCGAGAAUUUUUACAGUUUGUUCAAGAUGGUGGAUAUGAUAAGAGAGAUUUUUGGUCAGAUGAAGGCUGGCAAUGGAAAGAAUUUCGCAAAGUUAGACACCCUACGUUUUGGGUGUGCAAUAAAGGCUGUAAUUCUGGUUGCGGCAAUCCUAUACAAACCGUUUCUCGAUGUAAUCUUUCCUCGGGGGACGACUACAAAUUUCGAUGUAUUUUUGAUGUGGUUGAUAUGCCACUGGAUUGGCCAGUUGAAGUUAAUUUUUUAGAAGCUCAAGCUUUUUGUCGAUGGAAAGGGCCAUUGUAUCGAUUACCUACCGAAGCUGAAUUUUCAAUUAUAAGCGAAGACAUACCGAUAAAUAAUUCAGUUGAUUGUGAUAAAAUUCACGUUCUAAAACCGGGAGAAGCGAACGUUGCUUUUGAAUAUGGCUCCAGCUGCGCCGUAAAUAAAUAUUCGUCGAACUCUAAGGGAUUUUAUGACACACUGGGCAACGUUUGGGAGUGGUUAGUUGAUCAUAUGAACGGAUUCCCUGGAUUCGAAACACACCAUUUAUAUGAAGAUUUUAGCACUCCAACUUUUGAUGGAAGACAUAAUCUAAUAUUGGGAGGAUCAUGGGCUUCAACGGGCAACGAAGCAUCGCGAUUUUCAAGAUAUGCCUUUAGAAGACAUUUCUUCCAACACUCAGGGUUUAGGCUUGCCUAUUCAAUUACAGACAAAGCUGAAGACAUUCCACUACCAGCGCUAUUUAUUUCGGAUGAAUUGUUUUUAAUAGGAUACGGUGUUCAGAAGAAUCAAGGAGAAUUCACCGAGAAUUACAAAGGAAAAUAUCAGCAAAGUUUUUCUACCUUUAUCAGAUAUAAUUCACAGAAAAUAAUUAACCAACAAUUGCUGAACGAGUAUAUUCUUAAAGUUAACGAUCGCUUUGUGAGAGAACUACAAACUGUUCUACAUUUAAGCGAUAGUGAGAGAAAUGAGAGAAGACUGUUACAUUUUGGCUGCUCAGCUGGCUAUGUUACUUUCAAUAUAGCUAAGUUUUUUAAUAGCGUUGUUGCAAUAGAUAGAAGAUCGAGAUUCAUAGAUGCAUGCCAGAAACUAAAUGAGGGUCAAAUAUUGAAAGUUCCAACUGAUAAGGAAAACAAUGAAUAUGAUAUACAAGUCCAAAAUAAGGAGAAUAACAUUAUAUUUAUUCAAAUGUCCUGGCUCCCUAAUGAAUUAGAAAAUUUUGAUGUUAUAUUGUUAUCUUUACUCAAUGAUCUGGACGAGAGGCCUUUUCUGGUAAGAAUGAGAGAAAUGGUUAAAGAAGACGGUUCUUUAAUUAUUCAUUCAACGAAAGAAUCCUCCACUUUUAACAAUCAUUUGAAUAAAGAUUUUAAACUACGGUCAGAGAAGACUCUACCCAAUAUGACUAAUCUGUUUGUCUACGACAAGAGAGAAAGACACUGA